GCCUCCGUCCCGGACCCUGCAGCCACCGCGAUGUUGAUGCCCAAGAAGAACCGGAUUGCCAUCUAUGAGCUCCUUUUUAAGGAAGGGGUGAUGGUUGCCAAGAAGGAUGUCCAUAUGCCCAAACACCCCGAGCUGGCAGACAAGAACGUGCCCAACCUUCAUGUCAUGAAGGCCAUGCAGUCUCUGAAGUCUCGAGGCUAUGUGAAGGAGCAGUUUUCCUGGAGACACUUCUAUUGGUACCUUACGAAUGAGGGCAUCCAGUAUCUCCGCGAUUAUCUCCACCUACCUCCGGAGAUCGUGCCUGCCACCCUGCGCUGCAGCCGUCCCGAAACUGGCAGGCCUCGGCCCAAAGGGCCAGAGGGUGAGCGCCCCGCAAGAUUCACAAGAGGGGAGGCGGACAGAGACACCUACCGAGGCCGGGGCUGGCUCAGCCACCGAGUUCCAGUUUAGAGGAGGCUUUGGUCG